CACCAAGCGAAGGCUACGUCCGUUUUAGUCCCAAAAACCGCAAUACCGUCAUGGUACCCGGUUUUAUAAUUUUUUGAAGAACAUCCAAUAUAUUUGCAAUCGGAACCGCGUUAAUACAGUGGUUUUAUUUCUAUUCUAACGUUUGUUCAUAUUUGGGAAGAUGAGUUCAGGCAGACCAAUCAAAUGUGUGGUAGUAGGGGAUGGAACAGUAGGAAAAACAUGUAUGUUAAUAUCAUAUACAACUGAUAGUUUUCCAGGAGAAUAUGUUCCUACAGUGUUUGACAAUUAUUCAGCACCUAUGGUUGUGGAUGGAAUACCUGUUAGUCUAGGGCUUUGGGAUACAGCAGGUCAAGAAGAUUAUGACAGGCUCCGUCCACUUUCAUAUCCACAGACUGAUGUUUUUCUAAUUUGUUUCUCAGUAACAAGCCCUUCAUCUUUUGAAAAUGUUACCAGCAAAUGGUAUCCAGAGAUAAAACAUCACUGCCCAGAUGCCCCAAUGAUACUUGUUGGAACUAAAAUAGAUUUACGAGAUGAUCGUGAGACACUUACUGCCUUAGCUGAACAAGGACUUAGCGCUAUAAAACGUGAACAAGGACAAAAAUUGGCAAAUAAGAUUCGUGCAGUGAAAUAUAUGGAAUGUUCUGCACUCACACAACGUGGUCUAAAACAAGUGUUUGAUGAAGCAGUACGUGCUGUUUUAAGACCUGAACCCCAAAAACGCAGACAGAGAAGAUGCAUUAUGCUAUAAACAAUAAAUAAUCAAGAUUCAAUAUAGGUAAAAUCACGUAUAAACUGACAGACUGAAAUUAAUUUUCUCAGAAACAAACGGACAAAAUAUGAAUGUUUUGAAAAAAGGAAGGUAGCAAACCAUGCAUUUUAAUAAAUUCCUCUGGCAGCUAUAGUUUAAUGCAUCAUAAAUGGAGUACAAUUUGCAGCUUGUGUUUUUUAAAAACAAGCUGUGAAACUAACAUAAGACUAGAAACUAAAUAAAAAAGUAUGACAUUACUAUAAUUUUUAACCAGUACUUAAUGUUUAAAUACAUAAAAAUAAUUCCAAAUUUGCAUGUAUCCCAGGUAGUGGUUUCAGACAUUAAUAAUUUCAUACAUCAAUGCACUAGUCAUGUACUAACGUACUAUAUCUUAUUGUUUGCCAUUAUUUUUUUCAUAAAACAACAAUUUUCUAUUUUGUAACAUAAUGAUUUAAUUCAUGUUGAAACGAGACUAAUAUGUAUUGCAACAACAAUUUAGAAUGUUGGAUCUUAACAUUUUGGUCAUAAAGCUGCCAGAUUUCUAAAUUUUUAUACCUAUGAUAGUAAAAACAUUCAUUUAGUAUACACAUAUGAUAGAUAUAACAAUCAAUAUACUAACAAUUUUUAUAAAAUGUAAAAUAGCAUUAUAGAAUUAUUUAAACAGACAGUGCCAUAGCAACGAAGAAAAAUCAAAUCAAUGACAAACAUUUUUUAUGUCAGUUCUAGACAAUAUAUGUAUGUAUUUUUUAAAUCUCAUAUUAGAAAACAUUAAAAAAGGUGUAAAGGAAUUGAAGAAUCUCAUAAUAAGAAAUAUUUUGUAUUUACCUUAAAAAUUUUGAUAAAUAUUGUGGUUGUAAUAUUUCUUUGUACUCUAACAGAAAAAUAACAGAUUAUGCAUAAAAUACUGCCAAUAAAUAUUCAUGUACGUUUUUUUGCAAAUCUGAUAGCUUUAUAUGGCACAUUUUAUUGUCUAGAAUUUGAACAUUCUUCUCGUAAUUACAUAAUACAAAACACGUCGUAAUGUAUUAUGUGUAUAUUGAUAUUUAUUUUAUUUUGACUAUAUACUGAGUAAUCAUACUCUAAAGAGAAUUUAUUACAAAAACACUUUAAAAGUUUUUACGUCUGAAAUUGUAUUUCUGUUGUUGCAUGUGGCAGAUACAAUUUUACAGAUUGUUGUACUGGUGCAAUCUGAUUAAUGAAAGGCUCUAAAUUAUUUUUCAUAAAAACUGCGGAGUGUAUUGUGAAAAGAAUAAUCAAAAUAUAUAUUGAAUUACAUAAGAAAAUGUAAUACCAGUAACAAACAUAUGGUGCAAAGUAUGCCUAUAAUACAGAGAACAUAGCACAAUUUAUUUUAAACAGUAACUAUGACAUUUUUAAUCUUCCAUUAUUAUUUUUAUAAAAUUCAUUUAGAUCAAUCUUUGCAUUUAAAAGGUUAGUAACAGAUUUUACAAUAAUGAGUACAUCAUAGAACAACUAUUGUUUUUCUGCUUUUAUAUAUAAAAUUAAAACACAUCCAUACUUAUAUUUAAUUUAUUAUUGUGGACUUUUUUGUACUGUAACAUAGUUCAUUUAUACUUUAUAAUAGUAAAACAUAUUUUGAUAAUAUUACAUGCUCUCUAUGAAAGGACUCAAUAAAAAAAUAGUGUGAUGAUAAUUAACAAAUAUUCCAUCACUUAUGAACUUGCUAUUUUUUUAUAUUUGGAAGAAAGCUUAGGAUAUAGAAAGAUAGGACAUGCGUGCCAUAUGCUUUCAAAUUUAUAAAAGAAAUAUUGAAUAUCAUACUUAGUUGUACUUUUAUUCAAUGUGCAUUUCGAAUGAAUUAAAAAUAUGUCAACAUAUUUAAAAA